CAAGGCGGCUUACAUAUGGUUCCCAGGGGGUCUCCCAUCCAGGCACUGACCACACCUGACCGGGAGCUGGCCUCAUGUGCCUUCAGACCACAGCCUGGGGUGGAGAAGAAAUCUGAUUCAGUUCACAUUUACAGGCCGCAUCAACUGAAACCGUUCCCAAGAAGUUGCAGCAGACGUUGCGCUGGACACCUCACUGGGGACUACAGUAGAAGUAGAUGGGGCAUCAAGACUGGUACAGAGAAAUUCCUCCUUAGCCUGACCAUCUUGUGCAUCGCCCUCGGCUUGUGUCAUGGAGAAUGUUACACAAAACAACACAAAGCACAGAUUGUUGAUGACCAGAUAGUACUUCCCGAUGGGUGCACCGAUCUUUCUGAUGGAGGCAAGCAUGCAUUUGGGACUGUGUGGAAUUCAGCUAAAUGCUUCCGAUGCUCCUGUGACGAGGGAGGAAUGCACUGCUGUACCAGGUAUGGUGUAGUCCACUAUCCAGGAUGCAAGGGAGUGAUAAAUCCAGAAACUUGUGAAUAUGACUUCUAUAGAAUUGAUAACCCCUCUGAGCGGUGCCCUUAGCCUUAAAAAUCCCAUCCUAAAUCCUUUCAGACAUGAAAGCCUGAAUAAAUCAGUCAUUCCCACA